AUGGCCCAAACCAAGUCCGACGAUCAAGAGUACCUCGCAAAGCCACCCGGGCCAUGCUGCUUCACAGGCACCAUCCAUGACGGCAACCCCGCCGGAAAGGUUGAGGACAUAAUUGAGGUGCCGACUUACGUCGUCCGGCCUGCCGACAUGGGUUCCUCUCCCAACGGUCACGUCGUGCUCUACUUCCCGGACGUGUGGGGCCUCUCGGUCAACGCCAAGCUGCUGAUGGACGGCUUCGCGUCCGCCGGGUACACGGCGCUUGGCAUGGAUUACUUCCGUGGUGACCCCAUUUCCAAGUACCGCACCAACAAGUCUGAUCCGCUGCCGCCCGGGUUUGAUCACGCUGCUUGGCGCACGAAGCACUGGACGUUUGCAACUGAGAACGUGCCCAAGUGGACAAAUGCUGUGCGCGGGAAGUUUGGCGGCCAGGUGGCCGGCACGGAGACCCGCUAUGCUUGCACGGGAUACUGCUUCGGUGCACCAUUUGUAUGUGAUCUUCUCGCUGGUGCGGCCGGAGAUGGUGAGCCAGUGGUGUCGGCCGGUGCAUUUGCCCACCCUACGGCCUUGAAGGAGGAGCAUUUCUCAAAUCUCAAGACGUUCAACACCGAGUCUCGACGGAAGGCCAUCGACGUUCUUCAGCGCGAACAGAAGGCCUACCAUGUGCAGCUUUUCUAUGGCGUGGGGCACGGGUUUGCUGUGAAGGGCGACCCUGCUGAUCCGUAUCAACGCUGGUGCAAAGAGCAAAGUCUACGUGCUAUGAUUGACUGGCUUGAUCUUUGGUUGGUGACAAAGCAGUAA